CACUGCCAAUCGUGCUUCCUAGAAAGUCUGUAUUAGGUGGCUGCUCUAAAUAUUCUUCCACAUUCCCCUCUUUCUGCUCCUUUUCCCUUUGUGCGUUUUUUUCCAUUUUUGAAUGGAGACUUUUGACCAUGGCGUCAACAACGUUAUUAAGCUCAUCAUGCUCUUCAGGCUUUAUAUAUAUAUACAUAUAUGUAUGUGUUCUCACAAUACUCAUUGAUUAGUGCCUUCAUUUUCAUGGAGCCAAAACUAUCUAACCAACUCUUAUUUGCGGCGGCUCUACUGUUGUCCGUCGUUCUAUGCGCAUUCUCAGCCAAACAAUGCCCCAAUUGUGGCUCUAACUCAGUUCCAUAUCCACUCAGCACACAAACCACCUGCGGAGACCAAUCAUACAAGAUACGAUGCAAUGCAGGUGUACUCAUUUUUAAUACGCUGAACAACUCCUAUCCGAUAAUUUCCAUCAACGCAUUAAAUCAACGGUUGGUUAUACAACCUACAAAUCUAUUCCCAAAUACCUGCAUUUCAUCUGAUUUUAUCCAUCAAGGCAUCCAGUUGAGCCCUUCCUUGCCGUUCAACAUCACCGGCGAGAACACUGUCAUGCUGUAUAAUUGCUCCGAUUCGAUACUCGAUCAGCCGUUGGAUUGUUCGGCGAGUAGCUUGUGCCAUUUGUAUGCUAAGAGAGGAGAGUACUCUCGGUGCAGUGAUACGCCGUUGUGUUGUACAUUCAAAGCAGGCGGAUCAGCUUCUGCCCAUAAAAUACGGGUCCGAGAAAACGGGUGUAGAGCUUAUAGGAGCUUCGUUGGUUUGGAUUGGGGUUCACCAGUAGAGAAGUGGCCAAACCCGGGUGUGGAGAUCCAAUGGGUGCUACCUCAGGAACCAGCGUGUGAAUCUCAGGUGGAUUGUGAUGUGGACUCUACGUGUCAGCCUAAGCCUGCUGAUCCGGUAAAGAGGUGCUAUUGUAAGGCUGGACUUCAGUGGAAUCCAAUCCAGGGAAUCUGUGUCCAAACUGGUGGGUGUCAAAGUCCCGGAGGAUGUGGUAGACAAAAGAAGAUUCCACUCAUAGCAGGUUUAGCAUCCGGCCUUGGUGCUACGUUCUUGCUGGUGAUCUCCAUUGGCAUUCUACUCCACAGACGCUAUAAACACAUUAGAGAGGCACAACAACGUCUUGCCAGACACCGUGAAGAAAUCUUGAGUGCAGAUGGAAGCAAAGCAGCAAAGCACUUUACAAGUAAAGAGAUAAAGAAAGCAACAAACAACUUCUCCAAAGAUUGUCUCGUAGGCACUGGAGGCUAUGGAGACGUUUACAAAGGUUGUCUAGAGGAUGGCACUGUUGUGGCUGUGAAGUGUGCUAAGAUUGGUAACACUAAAGGCACUGAUCAACUCCUUAAUGAAGUUCGCAUUCUAUGCCAAGUCAAUCACAAAACCCUUGUUCGUUUACUUGGCUGCUGUGUUGAGCUUGAGCAACCUAUCCUAGUUUAUGAGUAUAUUCAAAAUGGAACCCUUCUUGAUCAUUUACAAGGUCUAGGACUUGGCGGUAAAAGCCAGCUCUCGUGGAUACAUCGUCUGCGAAUCGCGAAGGAUUCUGCAGAGUGUCUCACUUACCUCCACAUCUCUGCUGUUCCUCCGAUAUAUCAUCGAGACGUCAAGUCGAGCAACAUCCUUCUUGAUGACAAGUUCAAUGCUAAGAUAUCAGAUUUUGGAUUAUCAAGGCUAGCUUACAGUGACUUGAGCCACAUAUCAACCUGUGCACAAGGAACUAUCGGGUAUCUAGAUCCUGAGUACUUCAGGAAAUUUCAGUUGACUGAUAAGAGUGACGUUUAUAGCUUUGGGGUUGUGUUGCUGGAGCUUUUGACUUCUCUUAGAGCAAUUGAUUUCAGUAGAGGAGAAGAUAAUGUGAACUUGGCUGCUUAUGUUCAGAGGAUGACGGAGAACGGGAGGUUGAUAGAUGUAAUUGAUCCAAUGCUGAGAGAAAGAUCAAGCAGUUUGGAACUCGAUAGCAUGAAUGCAUUAACACAAUUGGCAUUGGCUUGUUUGGAGGAAAAGAGAGAGAAUAGGCCUUCCAUGAAAGAAGUUGCCGAGGAUAUCGAUUACAUCUUGAAUAUAGUAUCCACAAAUCAUGUAGAAAACUAGCUGACGAGAAUAGGCCUUCCCAUUGUACGCUGAUUCAAAUAAAACAUAGGGUUACGCUUAGUAGAGGUGAAUGUAAUAAAAUGUAUUAUUAAUAUGAGAUUUAUAAUUUAGUCUCUA